GGUCUUUCUGGAUGGUACAAUGUUUGGGCUCAUUACGGUUUAUCAGCUUGCGUAACUGUUUGCGCUUCAGACGGACGCUGAUCAGUUGCAAAGAGACAGGACUCGUGUACGAAACCAGAAACCCUAAACCAAAAUGGCAGAAAACAUUCUAGAGCCGGGCAAAGUGAUCAAACCGAUCAUCAACCACGAUGAGGUGAAGCUGCUAGUGGAGCGUCUGUACGGCAUCUCCGUGCUGGAGCUGACUGAGCUGGACAGCUACGACGACAAGAACUACAAGAUCAUCGAGGACCCCAACGUCAAGAACCCGCUGAUCACGAACCACAGCGAGCACGGAUAUGUGCUGAAGAUCACGAACUCGAUGGACUCGCUGGAUCGGAAUACGAUAGAGGCACAGAAUGAGAUUAUGAACUUUCUUAACACCCGCUCCGUCACGUGCCCAAAGCCGGUCCGCAACGUCUACGGCCAUCUGUACUCUGUGGAGAACAUCGCGGGGAAGCAGCACGCCGUGAGGCUGCUGGAGUUCGUGCCAGGAUCCCUGCUGAAGGACGUGCCCAGGAGCGACGCGCUCAUGUACCAGAUCGGCGAGUUCGUCGCCAACCUCGACAACAAGCUGCAGAAUUUCAACCACUCGGGUCUAGCUGGGCGGGUGCACAUCUGGAUGCUCAGCAAGGUUCCAGAACUCGACAAAUUCAAGUUCGUCAUCAAGGACCAGGAGAAACUGGAUUUGGUCGAAGAGGUAAUAGAGGAAUUCAAGUACGCUGUGGUGCCGCGGCUGGAUGAGCUGGAGCGCGGCGUCGUGCACGGAGAUGUCAACGAGAUGAACCUCAUCGUGGGACUAAAGCCCGGCGGCAGCUCCACGGACUACCGUAUAACUGGCAUCAUCGACUUCGGCGACAUCCAGGACUCAUACUACGUGUUUGAGCUGGCCAUCGCCAUGACCUACGCGAUACUUCUGACAGGAAACCCCGCGACGGCAGGACUCGUGCUAGCUGGUUACACCGUUACCCGUCGCCUGCCUGACGAGGAAUACCGUCUGCUCAAGACCCUGGUCUCCGCGCGCCUGGUACAGUCCCUGGUGCUCGGCGCCUACACGGCAGCCAACGACCCCGACAACAAAUACGUGAGCUCCACAGAGAAGGCGAACGGCUGGGAGCUGCUCCGUAAGAUCCGCAAGCACCGCCCCAGCGCCGACGAGACCGAUCCCACUGACUGGAAGACCAUCGCUAAUGAAUAUCUCACCAGGAGUUAAGAUGAUGUCAUGACAAUUGCUAAUGAUGUCAUAGAGAUUAAAUUGCUCUGAAAUGUAAUGUAAAAGGUCAAAUGACGCAGAUUCACUCUAAGACAAGUGACAAAAAUAUAUUGUAACUCCAAAGUCAAUUCAAAAUUUUUGCCUGUUUGAGUUUGCUAUUAGUAGAGGUUGUAGUGGGGCUUUUUAGUUGAAUAUAAAGAAAGUAUUAUUGUUAUUAAAACGCGAAGAUGUAUAUUUUAUCUUAAUUAAGUGCGUUUGUAAAUAUUAUUUUUUAAAUGUAUUUGAAGUAUUUUUUCGAGUAUUAAGUAAGUUCAAUUUCCAAAAGUAAUAGAGUGCAACCAAUAAUGAAGUCUAGACAAUAAUAAUUAUAAGUAAUGUACCUAUUGUUACGUUCAUAAUAAAAAUAAAAA